CAACCCUCCGUUUUCUCUUCACUCUCCUGUAUCAGAGUGUGAGUGUAUGUUGGAGUACAGAAAAUAGUAAUAGUGAGGUUAGAUAGUUUGAUCAAAACUGUCCUUCGGGAUUUUGUAACGAUUACAUCGACGAUGGUGGAUAUCACACUUAUCCAAUAUCCAUAUUUAAAACGAUAUGAAUGACGUACUGAUAUAAAUUUAAAGGUGACAGAGAAGAUAUUCUCUACUUCAUUUUAUCACUGGACAAAUUAGUGUGACUUAAAAAAGAAUCAUGCUGAUAAUAAAGUUAUAAAUUAUUAAAUCAUUUUUUAAAUCACCAAAAAAUCAUGGCAAACGAUAUCAUGGAUUAUGUUGUAAAUAUUUUAGAAAAAGACACAAGAGGUUUUGAAAUAAUUACUUAUGGAGUAACUAGUAUAGGAUUGUUGACAGCUUUAUAUAAAAUAAGACCUUUUGCAAAAUUUUCAAAUCCCCAAAAAGUGCCAUCUCACUUCAUCAAAAAACUCACUAAACUAACUGGCACUGUAGCGAGAAUCGAACCUGGAACUCCAGCUCUUUUAAUGGUAGAUCAUAAGCCUUUAAUACCCAUCCCGAGAUUUGGUCAGGAAAAACACUUACCUGUUAAAAUAGUUGGUGUUAAUGUUACAGGCAAUGGAAUCAGCUGGCUAUCAACAAUUGUUCAGGGAAAUAUAAUUGAAUUUGUGCCAAUCCAAAAAACUACCAAGUACUUAGAGUGCUCAGUGAUAAUGCCUCAAAAAAAUAAAGAUCCAUUAAAAAUAGGAGAAGAACUGGUUAAAUUAGGUUUUGGUAUUGUAGGAGAAAUUCCAAUAUCAGAUCCAAAUAACAAAGUCAUUACUUCUUACAAAAAAUCGUUAAUCGAUGCACAAAAAUGGGCGAAAUUUAAAAGAAAUGGCCACUGGCACUUUGAAAUACCUCCAUCUUUUUGGUGGCGUAUAAAAAAUACCAUGAGUGAAAAGCUGACGUUCAACUUUCAACGCUAAACUUAAUAUAAUAAUAAUAAUUUUUACCGCUCAUUAACUUGAAAUGGAGUUUUUAAUCAUUCUCAAGAGCCAUUUUUAAAUACUGUUAUUCUAGUGGAUAAGGAUUUGGUCCGCCUGGAGCUAAGGACAAUACCAGAAAUAUGUGAAAACAUUUUAUUUUUUUAGUAAUUUCUAAACAUAGUAGUAAUUAAGAUAGAAAAGUCUGAAUGGAAGAGUUUAAAUAAACUUUUUAAACGAAAAUAA